UUCCGUCGGUCGAUCUGAGUUUCAAAUUUCCAUAACGAAAAUGAUUUACGAAUCUCCAAAACUUUUUGUCUGAAUUUCUAUUUUAAUUUCUUCGUGUUUGAUUGUGUGAAUUGCCUCUUUGGAGACGUCUCCCUCUGUAUGGUAUAUUUUUAUUUUCUUCCCAAUAAUUAUAAUCAUACAAAUAUGGCAGAAGAAAGUGGUCGCAGUUCCUCCAGUUUUCAGCCACCAGUUUUCUCUCGAUCCGAUUCGGAAAAUACCAGAGUCUUUUCAGCCCCAGCGAACCCCAGAAAGCAAUUUUAGCGUCCGUGAUUUCUACUUUUGCGGGUCAUCUUUCACUAUUUGGUCAACAGGGGCCACCUAUAUAACAUUUUCGCUCUGCGGUUCCUGUGUUCAAACGAAAUCAGAUUGGUAGUUUUGCCUCGUUAAUUCUCGCUCGUUCCCCCCAUCGGAUUUAUUGUUCGAAGUUCGAAGUUGUGAAUCGUUUCGGAUCGCGAUGGCUGCGUCUGUUAAUAACAUUGACAGUACCAAGGUGAAGAUCGUCCAUGGCGACGCUGGUUAUGUUCUGGAAGAUGUUCCCCACAUGUCCGACUAUAUUCCCGAUCUGCCUACGUAUUCCAAUCCAUUACAAGACAAUCCUGCGUAUUCUGUAGUCAAGCAGUAUUUUGUGCAUGUUGAUGAUUCCGUUCCUCAGAAGGUUGUUGCUCAUAAGAAUAGUCCAAGAGGAGUACAUUUUAGGCGUGCUGGUCCUCGCCAACGGGUAUACUUUCAAUCAGACGAGGUUCAUGCUUGUAUUGUGACAUGUGGCGGUCUUUGCCCCGGUCUCAACACCGUGAUCAGGGAACUAGUUUGUGGAUUAUACAAUAUGUAUGGUGUCAAGAAGGUUCUAGGAAUUGAAGGAGGAUAUAGGGGUUUUUACUCGAAGAAUACCAUUCAUUUAACUCCAAAGUUUGUGAAUGAUAUCCAUAAACGCGGUGGAACCGUCAUUGGGACUUCAAGAGGUGGCCAUGAUACCUCGAAGAUUGUUGACAGCAUUCAAGAUCGCGGCAUCAAUCAGGUUUACAUAAUUGGUGGAGAUGGAACUCAGAAGGGAGCAGCUGCUAUAUAUGAGGAAGUCAGAAGGAGAGGGCUCAAAGUUGCUGUUGUCGGCAUUCCAAAAACCAUUGAUAAUGACAUUCCGGUGAUUGACAAAUCUUUUGGCUUUGACACUGCUGUUGAGGAGGCUCAGCGUGCUAUAAAUGCAGCCCAUGUUGAAGCUGAAAGUAUGGAGAAUGGUAUAGGGCUCGUGAAGUUGAUGGGUCGCUAUUGUGGGUUUAUAGCAAUGUAUGCAACUCUCGCGAGCAGGGAUGUGGACUGUUGUUUAAUUCCAGAGUCGCCUUUCUAUCUUGAAGGACCCGGUGGACUUUACGAGUAUAUAGCAAGAUGUCUCAAAGACAACGGUCACAUGGUAAUUGUCAUUGCAGAAGGAGCUGGGCAGGAGCUGCUUUCUGGAAGCAUGAAUUCUACAGAUAAGCAAGAUGCUUCUGGAAAUAAGCUUCUUCAAGAUGUUGGGCUCUGGAUAUCACAGAAAAUCAAGGAUCAUUUCACCAAAGAGCAUAAGAUGACCAUAAACCUCAAAUAUAUAGAUCCGACUUAUAUGAUCCGAGCUAUUCCGAGUAAUGCCUCUGACAAUGUUUACUGCACUCUGCUUGCUCAAAGUGCUAUACAUGGAGCAAUGGCUGGCUAUACUGGCUACACUAGUGGGCUUGUUAACGGAAGACAGACAUACAUUCCCUUCUACCGAAUUACGGAUAAGCAGAACAAGGUGGUAAUAACUGACAGAAUGUGGGCGAGGCUUCUAUCGUCGACGAAUCAACCAAGCUUUUUGACUCCGAAAGACGUAGUGGAGGAAAAGAAAGAGGAAGAGAUGAUCACCCAGUUGUUGUUAAACAAUAACACGGAGGACGACACGGUGAGCAAUCCUAGUGUAACUGUAAAGUAGUUCCAAGUUCCAACUGAAUUGUGUCAAAAAUUUGAAAGAUGAGUGUUGUUGUAAGUUAAGCUAAGGCAGUUAUUUUUGGGCCUUUCAGUUCUUCUCUCUAGCAAUUGCUGAAGUCCUAAACCACUUGUGAAGAAGCUAAGCUGUGUUUAUGGAGUUCUUUUAUUUAUCCUCAGUCUCAGUCUGUUGUAGUCUAAUUAUAGGGUGGAGGUCUAAAUCCAAGCAGGAUCUUCCCAUGGUCCUCGAAUCUUAGGAUAUAUCGUUUCUUUAACUAUUCAUAAGAGUAGUUGGGAUGAAAGACUGCUGUAUGCAAUUUUUUUAAUAUAAAUACUUCAUUUUUGUCCA